AACAUGUCAGCGCUCAUCUUGCUUCACCACGUAAUAUUGCAGGAGAAGUUUGAGUAGGCUAAAGAAAGAAUUAGGCCUACUAGUACUAGUAGUUAUGACAGCUGUGGAAUAUUGAAAGGUUUCUUCUCCUGCAACGUUUAAUGUAAUGCAACAUAACAUGUGGUAUCAGCUAAUAGAACGGCUUGGUGCACAACAAUAAUUGAUUGGUGCAACUUAUUGAUUAGUGCCAGUGGCAAUCCCGCAUUAAUUCGACCGGUGUGCAUUUGUCAUGAUAUGAAAUGACAGGACUGUAACACUAUUCAAACGAACGGUUGCUGCCUAUACAUGAACUGUUGGCAUCAUAACUGUUGAGACGACGAUUCCGAGUACGGGUUGUGUACGUGUACACAAGCUCGUGUACAUGCGUAAAAAUCUCGAGUAAAACGAAACCAUUUUGAACAAAUAGCUAUUAACUCAAUAACAACUACCAAGAUGAACCAACCAUCUAAUUCAGGAGUAUUGGUUGUGUCCGUAGACUGGGAUUGUCAUCCAUCUUGCCAGCAUGGUCCAACAGUUCUCUUUCAACGGUACACGAAGGACAACUCCACAAGCAGACAGUUUUAUGCUUGCUCAGCAUGCCGCGAUCGAAAAGACUGUUCCUUUUUUCAAUGGGCAGACGAUAAGCUUUCAUGUGAGCGGCUGGCUAUGCGCAAGCAAGUGAGCGAGGCUUUUCAUUCAGAGAAGUCAAUGCAAGAGGAGCAGCAGUUGAUAUUAAGGAAAUGCUUGGAUUCUAAGGAUUACCAGAACAAAUACUGCACAACUUGUGGUCUAUUGCUGCCACCUGGUGAAUGUUUAAAUCACGUUAACCACAAUGUGAAAAAUGUCAGUGUAUCAGAUUUAACCCAACCAACGGCCAUCAUUCGCGCGCAUACCAAUAAUAAGAUGGAAGCCCAAUACUUUUUUUCACGGCAAACAUUGUCUUUUCUCAUGGCAACGUUCAAGGAACUUUCCAUAGAUUCAGUUCUCUGCAUAGGAACACCAACCAUCCAUGAGGUUUGUGUGAAUCAGGGUGUGAUAUCAAGCUAUUUAUUGGACAUAGAUCAACGCUACGAACAAUUCUAUCCAGUAAAUAAGUUUAGCCGCUUCAACAUGUUUAACAGGCACUUUUUCAACGGGGAAAAGGGUGCAGACAAUGUCGACCUUAUUUUGCAUAAGCAAAACCUUGCCAUCAUAAUCGACCCACCAUUUGGCGGACUCGCUGAACUUUUAGGUGGGACACUGCAGCAUUUCAUGAAGAGAUGGAAGACGUUACAUGCAAGAGAAAAGAGGGAAUUGCCGAUUUUCUGGGUUUUCCCGUACUUCUUGGAAGAGAAAGUGAAAGAGAACCUUCCAAACGUGGUAAUGCUCGACUACGUCGUAGACUACGCGAACCACAGCUCGUUCAAGUCUGACAAGAAGCGUAAAUCGCCGGUAAGGAUAUUUACAAAUGUGUGUGCAGAGCGCAUUGCAUUGCCGAAAGAACAGGGGUACUGCUACUGCAAUGAGUGUCACCGAUGGGUCACAUCGGAAAACAAGCACUGCAGUGUUUGUAAUGUUUGUCCUUCAAAGGACGGAAAUCCGUGGAAACACUGCUUCAAGUGCAGUAAAUGUGUAAAAGGUUCAAGAGAGCACUGUGACACCUGUCAACAUUGCGUUCUGCCUAAACACAUUUGUGGUGAACUGGCAAAAUCAAAGGCAGGAUGUCACAUGUGUGGUGACAUUGGACACAAGAAGCGAGACUGUCCAAAAGUAACGGCUGCAUCACAUCGUGGAAAAUGGAAAAAAAGAUCACUUGGCCAAAAGAAAGGGAAUGCUAAAAAGAUGAAACGUUAACCGUGGUUAGGCAAAUGUUUAGCUUCAUAUUAACAGGAAGUUUUUGACACAUGUAUUGAUAGGAAGUUGAGAUGUACAGGAACUGACAAAAAAGUUGCACUAGGAAACCUAUGAAGCCUUUGAAAUUUUGUUUAAUAAUUAUGUGUUUAUUCAAUCCAUUAAAACGAUUUAGCUACAA